AUGGCAAGUUUAACAGUUUUGUUGCGUGAUUCUGGCAAGUGGAACGAUGAGGGCAAUUACAUCGAUUUUUCAAUUGAGGGAAUACUGAUAAAGGAGUAUGCCUCCUUUAAUGAUCUGGUUGUUUCAAUUUCAAAUCAACUGGGUAUCGAUUUGAUCUCCAAGACAAUUAAAAUACAAUACAAAGUAGAAGGAAAUUGCACACCAAUUGAAAUACACAAUGAUAUGGGUUACAGAGUUUAUGUAGAAUUGAAAAAAGAGAACAGAGAAUUUGGGAUGUAUCCUUUGUGCAUAACAACUAUCGAAAAAGAUCUUAUAUCCGGAGGUAGUUUAAAUCAAGGCGAUAUUGUGCAAAUAGACGAAGGAGUUCAAAGGUACGAUUCCGAUACAGAUGAUACACUGGCUCUAGAUUUUGUCAAUUCAGGAGAAGCGAUUGGAGUGUUCGAACUCCACAAGGAUUUGAUAAUUUCAAAAACUAAUCAAAAGGAGGUUAUGGCUGGAAAAGUUUAUAAGGAUAAGGAUACAUUGAAAGAGGUGAUGGAGAAUUAUGCUAUAGCUCAAAGGUUUCAAUUCCGGGUUGAUAGGUCUAAUGCUGUCAGCUAUGCAUUAUUAUGUAUUUCAGAAGAUUGUGAAUGGAGGUUUAAGGCUUCAAGCAUUAACAAAUCAGAACUAUUCAAAGUGAGAGAAUUCAAUGAUAACCAUACAUGUCCGCUGAAGGACAAGGUGUAUGAGCAGCGGCAGACUAGUAGCAGCCUUAUAGGUGGUAUGAUAAGGCCUAAGCUUACAAACCAUAAGAGGAAAUACACUCCAAGGGAUAUUAUUGAUGAUGUGAAAUCAGAUUUAGGUGUAGAUGUUAGCUACAUGUUCCCACAUAAGAAUGGUAAAAUCGCCAAAAAUGAAUUCAUGUACGUGUAUAUAUCCUUGUAUGCCUUUAUAAGGGGGUUUGAUCAUUGUAGACCUAUUGUUGUUGUGGAUGGAAGUCACCUAAAAUCUUACUAUACCGGGACAUUCGUUUCGGCAAGCACGUUGGAUGGUGCAGGUCAUAUAUUGCCACUAGCAUAUGGUGUUAUUGAUUCAGAGAACGAUGUUGCUUGGACAUGGUUCUUUGAGCAAUUCAAGAUAGCAUACGGUGAAAGGAAAAAUAUGUGCAUCGUUUCAGAUAGAAAUGAGAGUAUCAUUAAAUCUGUAUCGAGAGUGUAUCCAGAUGUACCGCAUUUUGCUUGUAUAUGGCAUCUAUGGAACAAUUUAUAUAAGAAAUUCAAAAAGAGCCAUGCCAAGUUGAGCGAGAUAUACUUCUCUAUGGCAAAAGCAUACACACAAGCUGAAUUUGACAAUCUGAUAGAGAAGGUGGAGAAGGUAGAUAUUAGGGUGAAAGAAUACUUAGAGUUAGCUGGUUACGAAAAGUGGACUAGGUUGUAUGCACCUGUUAACAUGGGAUGGACAAUGACGUCAAAUAUUGCUGAGUCAAUCAAUGUCGCACUAGUUUCAGCAAGGGAAUUGCCAAUAUACGACUUCCUCGAAGAAGUUAGAAAGAUGUUUGGACGUUGCAAUUGUAGUAACCGCAAAGAAGCUACACAGACAUACACGACUCUUGGAAAAAAAUACCAGGAGAUGCUGACUUUGAAUGAGGAAAUGUAUGACUCAUCCUGUUGCCUAAAGUACAACAGAAUUCUGAUAAGUUCUGCACUAAUAGCAGUUGGUAUUGUGCUGGUGGUACCAUCAACUGAAUACUUACAUACGGUUAACGAUGGUGGGAGGAAUUACACAGUCUGCCUGUUAGAGAGAAAAUGUGUUUGUGGGAGGUUCCAAGUUGAUGAAUUGCCAUGCCCACAUGCUUGGGCUGUAUUGAAGAGCAAGUUUCUAAUGCCAGAAGAAUAUUGCUCUAACUAUUACAAACCAAAUACAAUUGUAAUGACAUAUGAUUUGCCAGUGUACCCGCUACCGGACAGAAAUGACUGGAAUAUACCAGAACAUGUUGCAGAGGAGGUUGUACUACCACCCAAAUGGAAAAGACCUCCUGGAAGGCCAAAGAAGAAGCGCGAUAAAACAUUAAGUGAAUUGCUGCAGCCGAAAAAUCAACAUUCAUGUAGCAUAUGUGGGCAGGGAGGACAUAACAAGCGAACGUGUAGAAAUGCUCCACGUAAUAAAUAG